AUGUAUGUGCCACUAAAUACCGAAUUUCAAUGACUCCAACAGACCAUACACUGAAAAAAGGCAUGAUUUUAUCUAAGGGAAAAAAAAUCUGCCAAUUAAACUGCAACAUACCAUCAGUGGUGAGACGCGCUAAUUUCGGAGAUGUUAAAAUGGGGGGGGGAAUGUGAAAAAUGCAUCUUAGAAUUAAAGUUGAAUUGCUCUCCUUCAGCUCACACUGAAACGACCCACGAACACAAGCUCUACAGCUGUCUGGCUUCACCCCACUGCAUGCCUGGCACAGCCCAUGUCCGAGACCACUGUCCUGACACAGCGCAGGCCCCGGGUCCAGGCUGCCCCGGCUGUACUCCCUGCCUGCCGCUCCCUAGCUGUGUGCCUGGGCAGGUCACUUAACCUGCUUCCUCAUCUGGAAGGCGUCCGCAUCAGCAUCGCCCGGGAGCUCCGCAGCCCCGCCCCGGCGAAUCCGAGCCGGUCUUCUCGGGCGGGGCCUGGGGGUCUGCACCUCCGACGAGCUCCGGGCGGCGCCGGCAGCGCGGGAGGAGGACCCACGCUCCGUGGGGCGCUGACCUAGGCGCGGAACUCCACGCCUGGUACGGAGCAAGUGGACGCUCCGAAAAUGCUGGCGGCAGCGCUGCCGUUACUAUUACCUAAACAACAGCAACAACGAGAGCAGCUCCGACGGCUGGAGCUCCGCGCCACCCCGGCACAGGUUCUGGAUCCUGUGCCCCGGGAACCCAACGGGAGCCGGAGGAGAACGAGACACUUGCCUUGGAACCUCGACGUCCCGGGAAGAUGCAGAGCCUCAGACCUGAGCAGAUUCGGGGGCUGCUGGAGCCCGAGAGGGCCAAGACGCUGCUGCCCCGGGAGAGCAGGACUUGGGAGAAGCGUGCUGCCUCAGCCAAAGACUGGGUGGCUGUGGAGGUCGGGGCCACCAGCUGUGAUGGCGACGAGAAAGGUCUGUCUCCUCAAGAGCCUGGGCUGGCCCAGGACUGGAACGCGGCGGAGGGAGAUGAGGAGUCAGAGGACUCGCCGGUGAGUUGGGGGUCCCCUCCUCUUCUGCAGACGCCCCUGCAGAUCUCAGUGGGUGGUCCCUUCCCUUCCCCACCCGCUUGGGGGUGCGAGCCCCAAGCAGUGUCCAUGGGAGACAGCACGAAGCCUGUGGUCGUCGGACCCGGAGUGGAGGGUCGCCAUGUGAUGGGCUCUGUCCACACGUACCCUCCGACCCUUCACUCGUCAACUCAAAUUAGCGAUUCAUUCCCCUGCCUCCUCAUCCGUGUGCGUGUUCCAUCCCUCCCUCUGUCUGUCCGCUCAUCUACUUCCUCUGUUUAUCUCCUUGUCCAUUCGCCCACCGAUCCUCCUGUCCAUUCACUCGGCCGUUCAUCCACCGACUCACUGAACAUCAAGCAUUCACUGUCCUCUCAUGCACCCAGCCUUUCAUUCGCCGGCACACCAUGCAUAUAUCCAGUUAUCUGUGUAUUUGCCCACCCGUCCAUCCAUGUGCAGUCGCUUCAUCCAUUCAGUUGCUGUACGUCCUUGUAGACAUUUCCCCCCUUGGAAACAGACUAUUUGGGAUUUGCGUGCAAGGGGUUUAUUGAGGGAACAUGCUCUCAGGAGGCACCCGUAGGUGGUGGGGGAAGCUGGAAAGAGCGAGAGGGAGUUUAAUUGGGGUCCAGCCUGGAGCCGAUCCCACGAGGAGCUCUGGAACGUCGAUAGUCCUUGUCCUCCUCCGGGCCAGUGGGGAGCCUGUUACAGCCCGUCACUGGUGUGGACGACCUCCCGUGUGAUUCUCUAGGGAGAUGGCUCCCAUAGCAAAGGGCGUUCAUUUCUUAGAAGGAGCGAUCAUGAAUGUAAGCGAUCAGCCGUAGUUAGCAGCCGAUUCACACAGCAGUUUGAAGGGCGACAAAGGGGAGCCGGGUGAAGCAUGGUUGGGUCUGUUAUUAGCGGUGGGGUGUGUGUGUGUGUGUGUGUGUGUGUGUGUAAAACUUCCGCAUUGCUGAUGACCUGUAUUUAUUACCCUUUCUUAAUUUUAACUCUGAUUUAAAAAAUUGCCAUAAAUAUUUCCAACAAAAAGCACAGAUCAGCGAGUGUGUAUACGUGUAACCAACACCCCAAGGAAGAUAUUGAGCACGGCCGUUAUCCUAGAAAAUUCCCUCAUCUUCCUUUCUAGUCUCUCUCACUCCGCCACCCUGAGGCAACCCCGUUUCUGAUUUCUGAUAGAUUAGUUUUGCCUGCCGUUGAGCUUCAUAGAAAUAGAGCCCUACAGUAGCUCCCAUAUAUUCCUGAAAACUCAAAAAAGAGAUUACAGCACAAUUAGUAUCCUGCCAUUUGGUGUCUUCCUAAUAAAUAUUCUGGAUAGCUUUCCGUCUUGAUACAUGUAUUGAUCGCCCUUGUUCACAUUUACUUUCAGUAGCUCCCAAGUGUUCUGUGGUGUGUGUGUCACACCCGUUUCCUCAGCUGAUGGACUGUCAGAUCUUUGGUGUUGUGGUUGCCACAGAAAAAUAAAUAUUUGUCAAGUUGUCCUAUUUUUCUAUAAGCGUGUAUUAUGAGGAACUUCAUAAAAAUCUGUAUUUUCUGGUCUUAUCCAAGAUCUCCUGCAUCAGAAAAUCCAAGGGUGGAGCCCCGAUAGUUGAAAAAUAUCCUCCACGAUUUUCUGAGGCUUUGCCAGGUCUCGGAGCUGCUUGAGUUGAACAUUUCAUAGUGUCUGCUCCAUCCGGUUCUCUUCUUUUUCAGGAUUUUUUUUUUCAUGUCGCCACCGCCUAGCUUCCCAGAUAGCUCACUAUGUCAUAUCCAUUCCCAAAACUUCCCUGAUAUUUUAAUACCUGUCGCACUGCACUCAUCCCUAAUUUGGAGAAGAACUGUCACCAUGAACCAUCUUGUCUUCCCACCCUUCCUCGUGUCUUUCCGUUCCCGUGUUCAUCUGACAGAGAUUUAUGGAGCUCGUGCUGUGUGCCGGGCAAGAAACAAUGGUGGCCCUUGCAUUUCUAGUAUUUAUCCAUUUUUUCCCUCUGUUCCAGGGCUUUGUGGAGUGGUCGAAAGCUCCACAACAAACCACCAUAGUCUUGGUAGUGUGUGUCCUGUUCUUGUUCCUGGUUUUAACAGGGACGCCUGUGAUGUUCCACAUGUAAG